GUUAGAUCAGACUUCUCCGGGUCAAGACGUCAACAAUUCCCUCUUCCCCCCCUCCCUUUUCCUUGCCACCCCUCCCAAAGGCCUAAAGGCCUCAAGGAAUCUCUUUUCCAUGAUUCCGGACCGAGUUUCCCGACAAUCAAAUGCCGGCGUCUCCAGGCCGACUGCCGACCGCUCUCCAGCCCGCACAAAAAAAGAGGCUGGAUUGCGACGAUGGCAUCAUAAGUCCAGAACAGGCUGCACACCAUGCAAAAGCCGCCGAGUCAAGUGUGAUGAGCAUCGGCCAAAUUGUGGCAAUUGCACCAGAUUGGGAAUUGAGUGUGAAUACUUUGACACAAAAUGCUCCAAAAAACAUCCGAGGCUUCUCCCCAACCAUGAUCAAACCCAAAACGAGGCCGCCACCUCGCCAGCACAUUCAACACAAACAAAUGCGUCCAUUGUCUCCGGCCGCUUUAUCUCGUCACAAGACCUCUUCUCCACUGGUGUCCGAACACGAGUAGAGCGGCUACUUGACCUUCGUCUAUUCCAUCACUACCUACAGAUGACGACUCAAUCGACUGACUUUCAAAUAACCUGGGCAUUCUGGAUUGUGGAAGAGGCAGUUCAAUCGCCUCAUGUCAUGGAUGCGCUGCUUGGGUUCUCUGCUUUUCACUUGCGACGUUAUGCCAAGUCCGACCAAACUCUCCAGGAGGCAGCACAUAAGUACAUGGAUCGCGCAAUACGACAUCAUAGAGAGCAAAUCCAAAUUGGCUUCGAUGAGAAGAACGCCGUUAGUAUUGCUGCGACUUGCGCUCUGGUAUCUGUUUACUCAAGCGUGAACCGUUCCUACCUGGCUUCCGGAGUUGGUCUUCAGUCGCCUCUUCAUUGGUUUCGUUCAUUAGAGAUGGGCAUUCAAGUGCUUGACCAAGCACAAGCCUUCAUACAUGAUUGGAAAAUGAGCCAACAAUUUCGAGGACUCACUCAGCUACGGCAGGCCACAAUGCAGACAAUACCUAGCGACAAAUUCCAAUUCCUACUUGAGUAUGCCGACACUCAGGAGACUGGCAACGAUGACGCAUUAUUAGCUUACCGCCAAGUGUUGACUCUUCUUUCAUCGCUCUAUUCUAACUUACAGCAUGCGAGGCCAUUCUUCUUCUUCCUUAAAGUACCCUCCAAAUUUGUGGACCUUCUGGCAGCAAAGAAUUCCAGAGCACUAGCUAUUCUGGGGUACUUCUUCAUGGUUGCCAAGAAGUGCCGUGCGUUUUGGUGGAUGGACGGAGUUCCUGAACAGGAGUUCGCUGCGAUCAUGGAGCUUUUGCCAAGUCAUUGGUGGCCAGCAAUGAGCUGGGCCGUGCAAGAAUUUGAACAAAGUCAGGCCGAAGGAAUGGGACAUCCGGAAUGUAGGCGAAUUGUGGUUGAAUAAUUGAUCUUACGGUUUAGACAUUUUAGAAGUAGACACGACCUCGAAUAUCUAACAUAUUGC